AUGCCGGCGGUGAGGAAAGAUGAUGAAGACCUAAGUCCGUCCCGUUCAUUUCGGUACAGUGUUAAGGUUGUGCAGCUUCGUUUAGCCAAUGGUGAUGUAUCUAAAAAAAAGAGGGAGCACAAGGUAGUGACUCGUUGCGGGUGUCCUGUGGAGAUGCGUAUUAAGCCUAAAGGGGAUAGUGGGAGAUGGAUUGUGUCUCUUUUUGUGGAGGAACAUAACCAUGAGCUGCUGCCUAUGAAGUAUGUGGACUAUCUACCUGCACACCGUAAGAUAUCUGAUGUUGAUAUUGCACACAUGGAGAGCAUGAGGCAAGUUGGGAUAUCAAUUCCAAAGAUCUAUGAGUCCAUUGCUGCACAGGUGGGAGGUUUUAAUUUGGUUCCGUUUACAAAGCGAGAUAUGUACAAUGAGAUUAGGCGACAAAGGGCGAUGCAGAAUGGUGACGUGAAUGCUGCGUUGAGGGUUUUGGAGGGUGCGGCCCGGACGGACGAGAAAUUGUAUUGGAGGUACGAGGUUGGUGAGGGGCAGCACAUGUGCGAUCUAUUUUGGAGUGAUGGGCGAAGCCAGGAUGAUUAUAAAGUAUUUGGAGAUGUACUAGCAUUCGAUGCAACAUACGGGCGGAACAAGUACAAUCUGCCAGUAAUUGUUUUUUCUGGGGUUAAUCAUCACAACUAG